UUUUUUUUUUUUCUUUUCUGGCCGACAUUUUGAGCUGGCAACUACCAACUAACCACCCGAAGGGAUAACGAAACUUUUCCGUGGAAACCGCCAGCUACUAUGGAAUCGGAGUUCGCAACAUGCAGACGCCCUGCUCAUGUGAUCGUAUGUACCCGCGUUCGCCGCACGAGCGAUUUUGAGCACGCGGCAUUAAUCACAUGCUGAUAAGAUGGAGUGGACAAAUGUCUCCUGACGAUAUGGGAAACCGGGCUAUAUUCUCUGGUUUCCAGUGUAUGCUUCUGAUAUGUGUUAUCGGUUCUUGCAUUGCAUCUCAAGGCGAUCAAUGCAUUCCCUAUCAAUCUUGUCUUCGAAGAUGCCUCGGGGACAACUGUACAACGGGUGGAGAGACAUUCCUUUUGCAACGACCCUGGUAUCUAAGUAUUCUCGACUGGGACUGUUUGGACGAGUGUCGCUAUGGUUGUAUGUGGCACGCCUUGGAGUUCUUCGAAAACGUCGGCGAACCCGUACCACAGUUCCACGGAAAGUGGCCAUUCCUGCGAAUGUACGGGAUCCAAGAACCUGCUUCCGUGCUGUUUUCCUUGCUCAACGGUCUUAGCCACGUUUGGAUGUGGCGCAAGUUUCGUGCAAAGGUGCCACCGUCUGCCCCAAAUUACUUGCUCUGGAAUGGACAGGCUCUGCUCUCCAUUAAUGCGUGGCUUUGGUCCGCUAUAUUUCAUGCAAGAGACACUCCAGUCACAGAGAAGUUGGACUACUUCUGUGCCUUCUCACUGGUGCUUUACUCCCUGUACAGUUUAUGCAUAAGGAUGGGCUUGACCUUAGCCAUAAGUGCACCCUUUGCGGCCUUCUUUGCCUACCAUAUCCAUUACCUGACCUUUGUGCAUUUUGACUAUGGUUACAAUAUGUUGGCCAAUGUUGUUGCUGGAAUGUUGAGUUCCAUGGGAUGGCUGGCCUGGUGCAAUUGGCAUAGACGUCCUUAUGUAUGGAGGUGCAUUGUUGUCACCAUUGCCAUAAAUGUCCUUCUGCUACUGGAACUGGGGGACUUUCCACCGUGGAUGUUUAUUCUAGAUGCCCACGCUCUGUGGCACCUUGGGACUGCUCCUCUGCCAUUGCUUUGGUACAGGUUCCUAAUCGAUGACUGCCUUUACGAACUGAGACGAUCAAAAGGUGCAACACCGUCCUGUGAAAAGCACAAUCUGAACCUCAAUGGCACUCAAAAUGGGAACCAUGCUGGCAAGAACAAAGCGAGCUGAUGCUUCCUCUAUUGUUAGCGCAAGAGCAAUAACAACAACUCGAGUGAAACAAUUUUUAACAGUGAAACUUCUUUACCAAGCCAUCAAAUGUAGUAAUACGAGAAAUCUUUAGUGACCUGUUGCACUACAUAAGAAAUUUCUACAAACGCCUCCAUGUACAAGGCCGUAAAAAAAUGUAUGACAAAUUCUACACAUAAGUCGCUUACAAUAGUGUUAUCAGCGAAAUUUUUACAAACAAGUGGGGGGAACCCGAGAUAAUCUGAGAUUUCAUUGUAAUAUAUAUAUAUGGGAGUUUUUCAUUAAAAAAAUCUACGAGACAGCAACAGCAUUGUGCAACAAAGUAUGUAACUACCAGAUCACUGAUUACAUAAAUUAAUCAACUUUCUAAAACUUGAUUAACAAAUUGUUACAAAUGAAUAAUUAGUAAAUGCCACCUGUGCUGGUCUCGUAGACUUUUUAAUAGAAAUUCUGUAGGGACAGGGGCCAUGCAAGUUAAGAGUGUUAAUGCAUUGGAUCAAGUUUCAGACCAAGGUUUGAUAUGUACACACAGUUUCUGUGAUCAUGUUGUUGUUCUAACACUAAUAGUUGUUUUUAGACAUUAUACUGUUGUGCUGCAUAGCAAGGUUGUCUCAAUAAUUGGACUAGUCAAGACAGGGCACAAAAUUUGCAGUCAUUGAUGUGACCAUUAGAGAACCACAGUCUCUAGUCCAUUUUGAGUUUUCGGGAUCAAAAGAAAGAGGAAAUGUUUCUUCCAGUAUCUUUGUUAGUUUUUAAAAAUUGUUACGAGCCUCUAUAGACAAGUUUUUAUUGAAUAAAAGCUUUACGUACUUUUUUAA